GAAAAGCGCUGAUUGGCGAGGCGAGCAGCCCAUCACCCUUCGUUCGGCGGACCGCCUGAGCUAGCGAACUAAGGCGGAGAGGCGCGGCAUCCAACAUUUUUUCAGAAUGAGCCUACGGAAACAAACCCCAAGUGAUUUCUUGAAACAAAUCAUAGGAAGACCAGUUGUUGUAAAGUUAAAUUCUGGAGUUGAUUAUCGAGGUGUGCUGGCUUGUUUGGAUGGGUACAUGAAUAUAGCUCUGGAACAGACAGAGGAGUAUGUAAAUGGACAGCUGAAGAAUAAAUAUGGGGAUGCUUUCAUCAGAGGAAACAAUGUUCUGUAUAUAAGUACACAGAAGAGAAGAAUGUGAGCAUGCCUGAGGAUGGAAUAUUUUGUACUGCAAUUUUUGUUUCUUAGCAUUUUGUUUGUUGCUGGUAAUUUUUCAAUGAAAAGUUACUUGGCCUGUAUGAAAGGUUGGAUAUGUUUUAAUAUGUAAAAAAAAGUGGAACAUUUUCUCAGUUUUUGUUAUAAUUUGGAAUGAAAUAAAAAUGGAAAAUAAUAUGAUCA